AUGGGCGGUAGUAAGGCGGUACAGGUGUCAAAGUCCGCCAUCGUUUGGUUGGCAGUUUUGUGCAAUCUUGGCUUAGUGUUGCCAAGAUCGGCCGCUCAACAGAACAACAACUUCUACUUCGCACAAUCGCAGGGCCGGUUUGUGCCAUCGUUCGAGAACCCACGGAACGGUUUCUUCCCGUCGGCAUUGCAGCGCCAACAGCCACCGCCGGACUCGUACCAGGAACAGACACUGUUCGUCAACAGCAACAACGUGGACCGGGGCAACGGUGCAAACGAUGGGGCUGCUGGUACGCGCGGCAUAACACCGUCCUACUAUCAGUUCACCUACACGACCCCACGGAGUUCGGAUAUUUUCGAAAUAUCACCACGACCCUUUUCCGCAACGCCGUCCUCGAACGCCGGCUUCCAGUACUCGCGCAGUCCACCGAGGAGUGACUUCUUCUCCAAUGGACUCACGGCCAGUCGGAGCUUCCCGGCUACGAACCGUCAGCAAGCGGCCAGUUCGCAGCGUAAAAGUCCGUUCAGCAGCUCGUCUGGCGGGUUCCCGGAGCUGUCCACCACCGAAACGCCCCAGCGUCCACCACCGCCAGCACCGGCCCCAUCCGCCCCAUCGGCCGAGUCGGCAUCCGUGCGCGAUCGUCAGCUAUCGUACAUCUCGAACCGUGCCCGACCAUUCGCGGCCGACGAUCAGCAGCAGCCACCGACUCGCGCUACGGCCUAUCAGGCGGCGUCCCAGCAACGGCAGCAGCUACCACGCAGCCCAUCGUCAGUGUCCGGCGGUACGCGGAACAGCUUCGCGAGUUCUAGAUCGAAACCGACCGAUAGUGCACCGUCGGCUGGUGGCAGUCGAUCGCAGACGGGUUCGUCGGCUGGUACCGCUGCCCAGAACGGUACCACGAAUGGGCGCUUUGGAAGCAGUGGAAGCACGCAGAACGGUCGUACCACUGCACGUCCGAAUCGCUAUCGAUCGAUCCCGACCACGACGACGACGACUGAGGCGGCAACGGAGAGAACUACCACGGUGGACAGUGUUGCCGUGCGGAAUCGCUUCAGUGGCAGAACACCCGCUCCGAAUCCCUUCCGACAAACGUUCGAGGCAAAACGUGUGCCCACAGCGAAUGCCGCCAUUGCUACGCGUGGAUCCUUCUCAAGCGCCAGCAAGCUGAAGGCAACCACUACCACUACGACCACCACAACGACCACGGCAAAGGUACCAAUACUGUCACGCUUUAUCCACCAGCCGGCCAAACCGAUCAUCCCGAGCAUCAACAUCACGCACAACGGAUCGGCCAAAUCGGCCGAGGUCAUAUACGACUACGAUGACUACGAAGAGUCCAAGGAGUCGACCGGGUUCGGCGAUGCAAAGCAACAGGAAAUCAACGAUUUCCAACCAACGGCUGUAGCGAAGAACAACUCCAUCGGGCUUAGUACCGGCGAAUCGCCAGAACAAAAGGUUCCCUCCGGUACGGCACUCACUCCAAACGUUGGCGCUACUGCUGCGUCACCCGUUGGGACAGGGAAACCUGUACACGAAGAUCCUGAUGGGCGUUUGAACAACAUCAGCGAGAACGAGUAUUACGAUACGGUGCGGGAUUCUGAGACGGCUCCAGGAGAUUCGGUCGGUGUUGAGGACCAUACGGUGAUACUGACGGACAACUUCUACCUUCCAAACGGCGGCUCGGAAGAAACGUUCGAAGAGGAGGACGAAGAACCGGAAGGUUUGCAGCGAGAGAUCAACAGUACGGCUGAGCUGGGUGCAGAGCAGCAGGAGAAGCUGUACGACGAUGAGUAUGUGUAUGAGGACGAAGAAUCUGUCACGACCACUGUGCGUCCAACGGCCAAGACGGUGGCGGUACCACCGUCUGCUAUAGCGAACCAGUCCGAUGAUACUGCCGAUAUGUUACAGUUUUCGGACGAGGAUGUACGCGAUGAGAAAACAAUCGGAAGCCUGCCUACCGCUGCUGGUGGAACGAAAGAAACAUUACCUGAAGGUACUGCAUCAACGGCGGCACCUACAACCCGAACAGAAUCCACGACGGAAUCCAGUCUUUCAACGACCGAACGUGUGGCGAGCUCGAGCGAAGCCGAUGCUGCUACCAAUGCCACCACGGAAAGUUGGGUUGUGGUGGCAUCCGUGCAGACGAGUCGCAGUGUUUCGGGGGCAAGAUUCCUGCCAUUCCCGCAGGUUGAACAGGAGGAGAAGAAGCAACCGCUGGCGGAGCUAGAAUCGAAGGGAAGCAAUGAAAAUGACGACUUAGAUGUGACCACGGCUAGCGGCAUUGGGGAGGAAGUGGAUGGAGUCACAACCAUCGCUCCUCAGGAACCGGUCAUUGCUGUGACGGAUGAGGUGGAAUCUGUCGCUACGACGGAGAAGACGCUACUGUCCCAGUCCACCGAAAGCAUUAUCGAUAAGCUGGACCGUGUACAGUCGGAACUGUCCAGUGGGUUGUUUGCCGGCAAGUUCCCGGUGCUGAAGGAUCCCACCGCAGAAGAUCAGAAGGCAUCGACCAACUCGACGGCACUGCCUCCGGUGGUGAUCCGAAAGUUCCAACCGAAUGCCCGUGCAACGACGACGAAGAAACCACGGCCCGGGGUGACGGCCACCACCGCUAAGCCCACCACGACAACGGACAGCUUGGUGAAGAAGAUCAAGUUCGAAACGAUUGAUGACAUCUCGGCUCUCUUGCCACCGGAUUACAAGGCCAAGGCGGGUUUUAAGUUGAAAAAACCCAACCCACCGGGCGAAACGGUACCGGCGGCGAAGGAUGCCCCGCUGGAGGAGACGGCAAAGGCAGAGUUGGGCAAUCGGUUCCGCAGUGCAAACAUUAGCCGAUCGUACAAGAGCAAUGUGCCGAUACAGGAGCUAAGCUCCCUACUGCCGAAGGACUACAAGCUGAACCGAACGGAGGAGGACAUUAAGAGCACGAACAAUCUAAAGGAACUCAUCAGCAAGGUGAAGGUUAACGAAAAAGCCAAUCCAGCUCUGGAUCUGCUGAAGAAGGCGCAAAAGGUUGAUGUGAGUGCAUUCCUGCCGCCUGGAUAUAAGCCGGCGGGUCCGGAGAGCAGGCCGGAGUCUACAACCGCCGCAGCGAAGCCAAUUGCUGUUUCCGUGGAGGACGAUGUAAGCAAGUUCCUGCCACCGGGUUACAAAACGUUCAAGACCACGAAGAAACCCACCACACCGUCACCGGUCACGAUCAAGGACGAUAUAAGCAAAUUUUUACCUCCCGGUUACAAACUUCCGAAAGAGUCCGCCGUGGACAGUACGUCCGAACGACCGAAGUUGGUGUUCAGCGAGGACGUCAGCAAGCUGCUUCCUCCUGGCUACAAACCACCGGCCGAAGACGAUGAAAAACCCGCAGCAGAAGUGAUCGAUCCGAGCAGUUUGUUGAAAAAGAUCCAGUUCAAGGAUGUGUCGGCACUGCUGCCGCCGGGCUUCAAUGCUAGCAAAAGCGAGGAACCGUCGGCCGGAACGGUAGCAACGGCGACGGCCGGCAAUGGCUUCAAGGUGGUGUUCCCGAGCCGGCCGGGUGUGAAGAAACCCCUGCCCGGUGGAGCGGCCCGUGCUACGACGGCCAAACCUCUGCACGCGGAAGGUCCAGGUGUGCCGGAGAUUCACAUCCGGAAGGGACCGCCAACGCGAGCGACAACCGAGUUCACCGGUUGGCCAACUCCCUCCACGACACCGCUCUCGAUUGAGAAGCUGCUGGAGCAGCAGAAACAGCAGGAACUGCUAGAAAAGCUGCUCGCUUCAUCGAGCAGCACUAGCACGACUACGACGACUACCACGACGACCACGACCACCACCACUACACCCAGACCAACCGAACCGGGUCUCUGCCAUUCGGAGUGUGAUCUGGCCGGCACGAUACGCAUUGUGGAUGGUGUGAAGUGGGUACCGGAGCUGCUCGAUCACAAUACGGCCGAGUGGAAGAAGCUAGCCCGUGAGGUCGAAACCGAACUGAACGAGGUGUACAGCAAGGCGAAGAAUUUAAGCAAAUGGUACAAGAAGGUACGCAUCGACAGCUUCAACAAGGGCAGCGUGCUGGUGGAUUACUUCGUCGAGCUGACGGAUUUGACGCGCGAUGUCAACACGCUCGAGAUCAAGAAAAUGUUCCACGAGGCGCUUGUGCCGGUGCCGGAAACAACGACACCGACCACGACAACUACGACGGCCAGCUCGGACGAUUACGAUGGUGAGCGGGAGGAGGAGGAACCCAAGGUGGAGAAGGAGCAGGUACAGCGGGAAAAUCUGCAAGUACCGGCACAACGUGUGAAGGAAGUGUUCCAGCUAGGAAAGUUCAGGGUCGAUCCUGUGUAUACUGAUUUCACAGUUAUUCCGAAGCCAAUAGUGGCGGCUGGACCGGCGAUUGAGGAUGAUCUGUUCCUGCCCCAGUGGGCUAUCGCUGUGAUUGUGAUCGGCUUGGCGUCGUUGCUCUUCGUUAUCCUUUUCGGUGUCACUGUGCUAAUCAACCGCCAAAAAGCAGCCAAAAAGAAGGCACCCACGCCACUCACCGCUGACAUGUUGAAUGAGCUGAACAAGAACCAUAUGGGAGGUAUCGAAAACUUUGGUUCCGAGGAUCUGUACAAUCUCGACGAUGCAUGGGACGAUCGUAUGCAUGAUGUGAAGCCGAAGCGAUUCUCGAACUCGAUGCACGGUAGCAGCGCUUCCAACAUUUACGACAGCUGGCGAUCGCAACGACAUCCGGAGAACUACUUCUACGAUGAUUAUGGACUGAAGGGGUCACACUAUCCGCCGAGCGGGCAUCACCAUCGGUUACACGAUCCGGCGUUUAUGAUGCACGAACCGCCGCCACCGGUGAUGGCGAUGUACCCGCCGUACCAUCACGCGCCACCGCCACCAAACAGUCACCACUUUAGCAACAGUUCGCGACGGUACUAUCGGGACUAUGAUCCAAACUUCUGA